AUGUUGCUGUCUCUACCCUAAAGUUUUAUCUUCUCGGGCUUCGAUACUUUUUUCGCCAUUACUCCACGUCUAAUAAGAGGAAAAGCAUCGUUGCACCAGGUUGCCACGGAGGGCACAACCGUCAUUUCAUACAGAACCGUGUUUUCUUUUCUCUUCCCCCUCCCCCCUCUUCACGUUACGCGCAUUAACAAAGAAGGAGAGAGGGAGAGAGAGAGAGAGGAAUCAGAGGUUGUUCUGUUCUGUUUGGAACGGUAACAGAGAUGGGGUUGCUUUCCAACAGAGUUACUAGAGAGAGUCUGAAACCAGGGGAUCACAUCUACUCUUGGAGGACUGCUUAUAUUUAUGCCCAUCACGGCAUUUAUGUCGGCGAUGACAAAGUCAUUCACUUCACUAGACGUGGGCAAGAAGUAGGAACCGGCACUGUGAUAGAUCUUCUCCUCAUUAGUUCAGGACCAGCCAACUCUCGCCAAAGCUGUCCAACUUGUACGGCGCCCCAAGAGGCACAUGGGGUUUUCUCCUCAUGCCUGAACUGCUUCCUAGCCGGUGGUGUCCUUUAUCGGUUCGAGUAUGCUGUCUCCCCUACUCUCUUUCUUGCAAAAGCCCGUGGUGGAACGUGUACUCUUGCAGUAUCUGACCAAAAUGAUAUCGUAGUCCAUCGAGCUAAGUUUCUGCAUGAAAAUGGCUUCGGAUGCUAUAAUGUUUUCAAGAACAAUUGUGAAGAUUUUGCCAUCUAUUGCAAAACCGGGCUUCUAGUUGUUCAAGGAAUUGGGCAGAGUGGCCAAGCAGUUUCCAUCAUUGGGGGACCUCUUGCUGCGGUUCUAUCCACACCUCUUCGUCUGGUAACUACAAAUGUUUAUGGAAUGGCAGCAACAGCCAUUGGAGUGUACUGUGCAAGUAGGUAUGCUGCAGACAUUGGAAUGAGGAGGGAUGUGGCGAAGGUACAAGUUGAAGACUUGACAGGAAGGUUGACGACUGGCUUGCUGCAGGUGGUUGAACCUCAAAUUCCUGUGGAUCAUGCUCGUCAAUCUCCUCAGCUUGUCACUCAGUGAUAAAACAUUGUCUUUGUUUGAAUAUUUUGGUAAGAAUAUCCUCGGUAUGUGAUUCCAAUGCAUGCGCUUUUUUUAUCUGGGUGUGUAAGCAAUAUAAAAUUUAAUGAAAUUUUUUAUAGUUCAUGGAUUUGCAUGA